AUGACUCCAACCAGAAUCCUCAUCAUCGGCGGUGGUAUCGCUGGACCCGUUCUUGGUCUGCAUUUGAAGCUUCGGGGCUAUGAGCCGGUCGUAUAUGAACGCCUCCAUCACUUCAUUGAUCUUGGCGUCGGUCUUCUGCUUCAACCAAACGGCUUGAAGAUACUCUCGCUCAUCCCCGGCCUACUCAAGAGCUUCGACGGCGGCACGGUCGACUCCCUGAUCUCGCAUUCGACGCUCCCCGAAGAUGAAGGUUUGCUGGGACGAAACGACGUUCCUUCCGUAUUCUCAGAGCAAUACGGCAAUCCGAUGCUAGGUGUACGGCGUACGACCUUGCACGCGGGCCUCAUCGCCGCUUGCGAGAAGUACGGUGUCGACGUCAAGUGGGAUCACCAGUGUACAGGCUUUGAACAGCACGAACACUCAGUGACAGUGGCUUUUGCGAACGGCAAGACUGCCACUGGGAGCUUCGUUGUCGGCUGUGAUGGGUUGCAUAGUGCCGUCCGGGUUGGUCUCUUCGGAAAGGAGACGGCAAGUUAUACCGGUCUUACACAGGCUGGCGGCGUCUGUUUGACCCCCGCGAGUCUUAGCAAACCACCCGCUAUGGUGAACUUCUAUGGGGAUAAUGCACACAUGAUCACUUACCCGAUCAACGACAAAGAGAGCUCUUGGGCGCUCACGCUCAGAGAAGACGAACAUCAAGAGACCUGGCAUGCCGCAAGUAAUGAUAUUCUGCAGAAGAUCAAAGAUUCGCCACAAGCCAAGUGGCCUUUUGGUGCCGGAGAUCUCAUCAAGGCCACCGACAAGGUCGUCAAGUACGGGCUCUAUGACCGUCCCCAGCUUACCUCGUGGUACAAGGGCCGUGUCGUGCUCCUUGGCGACGCGGCUCAUCCGACAAGCCCGCAUCUAGGCCAGGGCGCUAACCAAAGCUGGGAAGACGUAUAUCACCUUACAGCAUUCUUGGAUAAGUUUAACUCGAACCGCGAAUCGCUCCCGACGUCAGACCUCGCCACGAUCUUCAAGGCCUACGAAGGCGCACGCAUUGAGCGCACCUCUUUGUUGGUGCAGAAAGCUCGCGAGCAAGGCAAUUCACGUGUUGUUUCUGGCACGUCAAAGUGCAAGGAAAGAAACGAGGGCUACCGUCAGAUCAUGAAGGAUGGUGGGCACAGUCAGAGUGCGAUGUUCGCCGCCUUAUACGCAGACUCGCUCAACGUCAAACCAAUACCCGGUGUAGUCACGUAG